UAAGCAUGUGGCAGCUGUUCGCCCUCGUCAUAAGUUAAACACUUUUUGAGUUUUUUUGCUCUGUUUAUUUUUAGUUUUGACUCUUCUCACCGCCUCCCCUCUUCCUCAUCUACCCAAAACCUCAAGCCUCCCAUUCUCUCGCUCUCUUCGACUUGACGAUGUUAUUUUCGAGGAUUUCGAGGAUUCGUAGACCUGGCUCCAAUGGGUUUCGUUGGUUUCUCUCUCACAAAACCCACCUUCAAUUCCUUAACCCACCUGCAUAUUCUUAUUCUUCUACUCAUAAGGUUUCGGGUUGCAGAGAAAUUUUUUCCUGGGGUUUGCCUGCCUUGCAUGGAUUUAGACAUAACAUCCAUCAUCAGAGCAGCUCCAUAGUUGAGGAACAAAAUGACCCAUUUUCACUUGUUGCUGAUGAACUAUCAAUGGUGGCUAACAGAUUGCGGUCAAUGGUUGUGACUGAGGUCCCCAAGCUAGCAUCAGCAGCUGAGUACUUCUUCAAAAUGGGAGUGGAAGGGAAAAGGUUUCGGCCCACGGUUUUAUUAUUGAUGGCAACAGCUAUGAAUAUUUCUAUACUGGAACCAUCUCUCAGAGGGCCAGGAGAUGCUUUGACAACGGAACUGCGUGCAAGACAGCAACGUAUAGCAGAGAUCACAGAGAUGAUUCAUGUGGCAAGCCUUCUACAUGAUGAUGUAUUGGAUGAUGCAGAUACAAGACGUGGUAUUGGUUCAUUAAAUUUUGUAAUGGGCAAUAAGCAGUUAGCAGUAUUAGCAGGAGAUUUUUUGCUCUCUCGUGCUUGUGUGGCACUUGCUUCAUUGAAAAACACAGAGGUUGUAUCAUUAUUGGCAAAAGUGGUGGAGCAUCUUGUCACGGGUGAAACCAUGCAAAUGACUACAACAUGUGAACAACGUUGUAGUAUGGAAUAUUAUAUGCAGAAAACUUACUACAAGACAGCAUCAUUAAUUUCCAACAGCUGCAAGGCGAUUGCACUUCUUGGUGGUCAAACUUCAGAAGUUGCAAUGUUGGCUUAUGAGUAUGGCAAAAAUCUGGGAUUAGCAUAUCAAUUGAUAGAUGAUGUACUUGAUUUCACAGGCACAUCAGCAUCCCUUGGAAAGGGUUCUUUAUCUGAUAUCCGCCAUGGGAUCAUAACCGCUCCAAUACUGUUUGCCAUGGAAGAGUUCCCUCAGUUGCGUGAAGUUGUUGAUCGGGGCUUUGAUGACCCUGCAAAUGUUGAUGUAGCUCUUGACUACCUUGGGAAGAGUCGUGGAAUACAGAGGGCAAGGGAGUUAGCCAAGAAACAUGCUAACAUUGCUGCGGAGGCAAUUGACUCUUUACCUGAGAGCAAUGAUGAAGAUGUUAGAAAAUCUAGGAGGGCACUUUUAGAUCUCACUGAAAGAGUCAUUACAAGGACCAAGUGACAGACGAGUGGUGCUCCACCCAUUAAAGCACAUCGUAGGUUUUCUGUAACAUUAGGGGAAUGCCUCUUAUUUUGAUCAAUAUUCUUUCAAUCAUACCAUUUUUGUUUUUCAAUAAUUUUCUGAAAAACUCUCGUCUGUUGUAAAUUAAACUCAAAUGUGGAGUUACAAUGUGACUUGUUGCUUUCAUCUGGAAUUAGUUUCCAGUUUUGAAGAUCACCAUGUCCUGUACCUGUGUUUUGGGAAGUACUUUUGGGUUCAAAAGGUAGAUAUGUCUCAAGAUUUUCUUCAAUUAAUUUACAUUUUCAUUGUA